GGUCUUUCCGGGCGGUAUGGGAGGGUUUUGGUGUCCGGGCUGGAGGCGCGUCGUUUUAUGUGGCUGGCGCUGCGGCCACCCUGGCUCCUCGACUAGGGUUGUGGAGCGGGCAGAGCCGCGUCUCAGGCCGGGGAGGAGUGGGACAGGAGGUGCUGAGAGGGGGCUGAGGCGGCUCGGGACAUGGAAGCGCCCGAGCCCGGCCGGGCAGCUGGCCGUGCAGCCACCGCGGCGGCCGAAGAGCACGAACCCCUUCACGCGCGCGCAGGAGGAGGACUGGCGCCGGCGGAACAAGACCGUCCUCACGUACGUGGCCGCGGCCGCCGUCGGCAUGCUGGGGGCCUCCUACGCCGCCGUGCCCCUCUAUCGGCUCUAUUGCCAGACUACUGGACUGGGAGGAUCAGCAGUAGCAGGUCAUGGGUCAGACCAGAUUGAAAACAUGGUGCCUGUUAAGGAUCGCAUCAUCAAAGUCACCUUCAAUGCAGAUGUGCACGCAAGCCUCCAGUGGAACUUUAGACCUCAGCAAACAGAAAUAUAUGUGGUGCCAGGAGAGACUGCACUGGCCUUUUAUAAAGCUAAGAAUCCUACUGACAAACCAGUAAUCGGCAUUUCCACAUACAAUGUUGUACCAUUUGAAGCUGGGCAGUAUUUCAAUAAAAUACAGUGCUUCUGUUUUGAAGAACAAAGGCUUAAUCCACAAGAGGAAGUAGAUAUGCCAGUGUUUUUCUACAUUGAUCCUGAAUUUGCUGAAGAUCCAAGAAUGGUGAAUGUUGAUCUCAUCACUCUUUCUUAUACUUUUUUUGAAGCAAAGGAGGGAUACAAGUUGCCGCUUCCAGGCUAUAACUGAAGUCAGCAACUACGUCCUGCUUCAAAUUUGUGAUUUUUGAAAAAUCAUGUAUGUUAUCUUCUCAGAGGAGAAAUAUUCUACAAUAAUGUGAAGCCUUCUAUUUUAAAUAUUAUGUACUGAUGGUUCUUUUUUUCCCAACUAAUUUAUCCUACUUAAAAUUGAGAGACUAGAUUCAGCUUUCUAGCAUAAGAAAUCUACAAGCCUAUUUAGAAUGUAUGACUGUUCAAAACCAUACUUAGAGUUUGUUAAGUAGUAUUAAAAGAAACUGCUUUGUUUCUUAAAUAGGUAGGCAUGGACUUGAUGGUUCAGCUAAUUCACCAGUCCCCUUCCAAAUUAUUAGCACUUCAUACUUGUAGCAAUGAAUUUUUUUUUUAAUGCCUAGGGUUAUUUAUUUUAGACUCUAGGUCAGAACUUCUGACCGUUUUCAUUAUUUCUAAAAUAGUUGGUUACUAUUUUAAAAGCUCAAAAUGGAAGAGGAAUCGCUAAGUCCUACCAGCUUGCCCAAAGGUUACAUUCUGAUUUCAAAUUUGACUGUAUUUUUCCUUUAAGAUCUAGGGCUAUUUUACAUUCAGAGUACUGAAUAAUUACUUUGAAGUUUUGGUAUCAUGAAAUUGAAAUAAAGUGCAUAAGUGUA